CUGCGCCGUCCUGGACAAGUACCACCACCAUGUUCAACCUUCCGACCGCGGCCACGUCGUUCCGGCACCUCAUUGGCACCGCAUGCAGCAGCCCGACGGCCUCGAUGACGUCGGAAGACGAUGUGCCCCGCACGUACCCGCGCUCCGACUUGACGUCGCUCCUCACCAAGAUGUCGCCGCCGCCGCAGGCCGCGUCGCCCGAGAUGAAGUGCCAGUACAAGACGGGCACAUGCACCAACAUGCGCACGACCAAGAAGAACGGCAAGCUUCUCAUGCUCUGCGAGCUCCACCGGCGCAAGCAAAACGAGAUCAAGAAGCGUAGCGACCGCAAGCAGAGCGCCAUGCGCAUGACGCGCCGCCUCGAGGCCAAGAUCAAGUCGUCGUCGUCGGCGUCGUCGUCGUCGUCCCACGACGACUACUCGAGCGACGAGAGCGCGCUCCGGCGCAAGUUCAAGCGCAGCGCGCUCGAUGUCACGACGUCCAUGGAGGCGUACCCGGUCAAGAAGCUCAGCUCGUGGGACCACCAGCACCACCACCAUCAUCAGCAGCCGCACCACCACCACAGUCUGCACCAUGACGGCGCACUGCCGCACCUCUCAGCCCUCACGCUCCCGCGCGUGAAUGUUUGGCGGACAAAAGAUGGCAUCGCGACCGGCUCGACAAACAGCUCGUCGGCGCCCACCACGAUGCAGUACUCGAACGAGUUUACGAGCCUCCUCUCGCACUCGAGCUUCUUCGCGCCCGAGUGGAGCCCGCGCGCGCCGCUGCCGAGCCUCACGCCGACCAACAACGGACCCGUACGCGGCCACGACCUCGCGAUGCUCGAGUUCUUCCUCGACGACUAGCGCACCACCUCUCCGUUGUGUCGUCGGUUCCUUCGCCCUCUUUACGCUUCUCUCUCAUUACUGUUAACUUAAAUACGCUGCACGUCCUC